GAACAGUAUAAUGAUUUGAAUCAAUCAACUGUUCCCUCGUGAAAUUCUUUAUAUAUAGGAGAGCUUGAAAGUAGGCAUCUUUAAGCAGCAAACUUAGAGAUGGCAAGAGUUAAAGGUCCUUUUCUAUUCUGCCUCCUGGCCUUGGCCUUCUUGUGUCCUUGCACUGAAGCUGCAAAACCCAGCCAUUACGCAGUGCCUUUCAAUCGGAGCAGUUUUCCUGCUGGUUUUAUAUUUGGUGCUGGUUCUGCUGCUUACCAGUCUGAAGGAGCAGCUCAUAUCGAUGGCAAGGGACCAAGCAUAUGGGAUAUUUUCCCCAAGAAAUAUCCAGAAAAAAUUGCGGACGGUAGUAAUGGAGACAUAGCCGAUGACUUUUAUCAUCGUUAUAAGGAUGACAUAAAACUGAUGAAAAGAAUUGGAUUAGACUCCUUCAGGUUUUCUAUCUCUUGGUCCAGAAUAUUGCAGAAGGGCAAAUUAAGCAGGGGAGUGAACCCACAAGGUGUCAAAUUCUACAACAACCUCAUCAACGAGCUCCUAUCUAAUGGUAUUAAGCCCUUUGUGACUCUCUUCCACUUUGAUAUUCCUCAAGUACUUGAAGAUGAAUAUGGUGGACUUUUAAGUCUCAAGAUAGUGAAGGAUUAUGCAGAUUAUGCAAAUUUUUGCUUCAAAACUUUUGGUGAUCGAGUCAAGCUCUGGGUUACAAUGAACGAACCAAAUGGAUUAGGCAUCAAUGGGUACACCACCGGCAGUUUUGCACCCGGAAGAUGUUCCAAGUACGCUGGAAAUUGCACCGCCGGUAACUCCGCUACUGAGCCUUACAUUGUAGCCCAUCACUUGCUUCUUGCUCAUGGAGCUGCUGUAAAAUUGUACAAGGACAAGUACCAGCCAUAUCAAAAGGGGAAAAUUGGGAUCACAAUAGUGACCCAUUGGUUUGAGCCAAAAUACCAGACAUCUUCCAGCCGCAAGGCUGCCUCUAGAGCUCUUGAUUUUUACCUUGGAUGGUUUGCCCAUCCGAUUACAUAUGGUGACUACCCUCAAAGCAUGAAGUUUGCAGCGGGUAAUCGAUUGCCAAAAUUCACUGAAGCUCAAUCCAAGUUGCUAAAAGGGUCCAUUGAUUUUCUUGGUAUAAAUUAUUAUACCACAAAUUAUGUAGAAAUUGCUUCCUCAACCAACGGUGUCAACAUCACUUAUGUUACAGAUAGACAAACCACUCUCACUACUGAUAAAAAUGGGACUCCUAUUGGUACUCCGACUGCUUUGACUUGGCUUUUCAUCCGUCCUAAGGGACUCUAUCAGCUUGUACUAUAUAUAAAAGAAAAAUACAACAAUCCCAUUAUAUACAUAACGGAGAAUGGAAUGGCCGAUGCAAAUAAUAGCUCCUUACCAAUCAAAGAUGCUCGCAAGGAUAGUUUGAGGAUAAGAUACCUCCACGGGCAUUUAUCAUAUCUUUUAGAAGCUAUCAAGGACGGAGCAAAUGUGAAGGCAUAUUAUGUGUGGUCAUUUCUAGAUGACUAUGAAUGGGAUGGCGGUUUCGCCUAUCGGUUUGGGCUUACUUUUGUGGAUUAUAAAGACAAUUUGAAAAGAUACCUCAAGUACUCUGCGUAUUGGUUCAAGAUGUUCCUCCUCAAAUAAGCUGUAAAAGGAUGUUCUACCUCCUUAUACCAGAUGUAACUCUGAGAAACUAAAAUAAUUGUCUUUCUCCAAUACCCUAGCUAAUUGUGUAAACUAUAUAUUGCAUGCCUACUUAAAAGUGUAUAAAGUAGUCUAGGGAUUAAUCUUUUC